AGUAGGUUUAGUUAGUUUAAAAUUAUUGAAAUACUUACAGUUGAUUCUUGCUCGCGAAAGGGAAGAUUGUUGUUGGGAGAAAGGUUAAGUGAGGAAACUAAAUAUCUUUUAGCGAGACCAUCAACAUCAGGUGUUUUAAUCUCCGCUCAAAAGAGGCGACCUCAAAACUCCCCCAACAAAUCUAAAAGAUAUUUAUUCCAUCGAGUGCCCCGAGCCGGAGCGACGUUGCACGAGAUCCGGAAGGAAAGUUUGAGCCCUCCUCUACUGGUCGGGGUUGAACUACGACGGGGAUUGCAGAACAUCGGCCUGAAAUGUUGCUUGACGGUACGGCGGUACGUACCUCGUCAAGUACAGGAUCCGGCAGACGUCUCGCCAGACUACGUCAGCAGAAACUGGCUGUGCAUGAAGCUUUGCUGAAGAAGCGGCAGGAGCUGAACGAAAUGCAGGCACGGAUUGAGCAAGAUUAUCAAAAUGAUUGCAAAAAGUUGCAGAUGGAUUGGGAGAUGCGCUUGGCCAGCCUGCGAUUGCGGGACAAAGUUGCAACCGGAAACAGUAUCAAGGCUGGAGAGGAGCAGGAAGAGGAGAGCAAGAAGGUUGAGUUGCGUGACCAGGUACGACGGUACGAGGUCGGGAGUACAAUGGCGAAACAAGCGGAGACAACAAACGUUGAUCAGGGGAAUCUUGGCGUGGCGACAUUUGGAUCAGGCGCUAGUGUGGAUAGCACAGCUGGCAAAUCCGGUGCCGAUCGUACGUUGGAAGGUUUUUCUUCGGAUAGCGCAACUGUGGAGCUCUCGUUUGAAGUUCGCGUUGUGGAAACGACUGUACAAACAAGAUCAGUCAGCAAACUCUGUCUUGCAACUCCUGCAAACGCUCAAACCCCUGAGAUACAGAAUUUACCGAACAAUAUCUCCGUGAUGUCAUUUGCGAACGAUGAGGUUUGUCUGGACACGCCACUGCAGAAUCAUGGUUUGGUUCCAGCGAGGUCGUAUGCAAGAAUGGACAGACAGAAGGAGGAUGUGGACGUUGCAUGGUCGUCGAGAUCAGAAGGACAGCAAAUCUGGGAGCUUCGAGAUCCUGUAGUGCAGAAACAAAGCGAUCAGCAGCUACAGAGGUCAACUCCAGAACAGCAAGCUGGUGAUCACGAUGAGCCACGCCCACCAAGGCCGCCAUAUCAGCCGUCCCAUAGCGAUGGAUUGACAGAAACCCGAGAAGAACCCCUGCUGGACCAUUCCAGGACGUCGGAGGAAGGAUCGUGGAAGCAUGUCAACGGGAAAGUGAUGCCAAGUGAGCUGUUCAAGAUUUUUGGUCAGCCACAGCUCGUCAGCACGCUUAUCGACACCAGUCCCAGGUGUAGAGAUUCAGGUGCAGAGAGGUUGGUGGUCCGGCUGAAUCCUGAGGAGGAGAAGCUGUUUACACAACCGGAUGUUCGCCGAAGGAGUUUGUUGCGGAUGAAGCCGUGGUGUAUGAUGCGUGGAGCAGCGUGCCAGUUUGGUCAGCCUGACACGCUGGUCAUACACGGAGUGGUGAUGCAGUACCUCAACAAUUGUUUGGGAUCUCGCUCGCCAGAAGCUAGUCGAAGCGAUCGGAGGAAGGCGCGGUCGUAUGGCGUUGAAACAAUCAAUAAAAUUUGUGUCUCAAUUUGGUGGAGCCGAACGCAACCGCGACCAACGUGCGAAGCAGAAGUUGCGAGUUUCUGCAGGGCGCACUCCACGGAGAUGGCGCUGAUGACGUUGGACCAGGACGAGGUUUCGAGCACACAAAGCGUAUCCGGUGCAGUGCCGUAAGCUAAAGGUGCACGAGCACGUGCGUGCCCAGCCGGAACCGGAGUGGACUGCUACAGGUUACAGUUCGGUAGCGAGCUACGCAAUCGUUGGCAAUCGGUUGCUGCAGAUGAUGGAGAAAGAAAACUAUCCGACAGAGCGGAGCGACAAAGACCGUGGCAUGCAGCUGUCGAGGAUCGAGAAGCACGAUCUGAACGAGUUUCGUUUCGUCGUGGUGGAUGGUGCUCCGAGUGAGGCGUCGAUGGCUGAAAGAGGCGGCAGGUGGCUUUCCGGUCAAAGACCGUUGGAGAUCGUUAGGUCCAGUUGCGCAGACGGCGCCAGCAAUGUCAGACAUCGGCGGAUAGUAGGAGGUUGCGGUAAGAAAGAUUCGAGUUCGCCGAACCUGUCUUACGGGUCGGGGAAUGUUGGUACAGAUCGCGCCGAUGAGGGAAAGCAAAAGUACUCAUCGAGUGGGUAAUAUUCGGGAACACUACCAAAUGUUCACAUUCGAAACAUAGGUUAGGCAUCGGGAAGAAAUCGUCAAUAUCGACUGUUAAGUCGGUGUACGCGGGAAAGAAGAAUCAAAACAAACUGUGAAAUGUGCGGUAGGUGAUGGCUUCUACUAAUUUGCCGCGCAUUU